GGGGUAGCAUGCUAUUCUUCGCUACAACACACCUCUAGCUAUACAUUGGUUGAUCAGCUUUACACGAGAAUGGGAGGAGUGUUUUCAAGGCUUUUUGAGGCAUUAUGGGGUCCCAAGGAAUAUCGGAUACUGAUCUUGGGUUUAGACGGUGCAGGAAAAACAACUAUUCUCUAUAGGUUGCAAGUUGGUGAAGUAGUAACUACGAUUCCAACUAUCGGUUUCAAUGUGGAGUCGGUGACCUACAAAAAUUUGAAAUUUCAAGUUUGGGAUCUUGGUGGACAAACAAGCAUUCGUCCGUACUGGAGAUGUUACUAUGCCAACACUGAUUGUGUGAUUUAUGUUGUUGAUUGCGUGGAUCGGGAGAGACUAGGUAUAGCAAAGUCAGAGUUGGUCGCAAUGCUGGAAGAAGAGGAGUUGAAGAGUUCGCUUUUACUUGUAUUUGCCAACAAACAGGAUAUGGAUGGCGCAAUGUCUCCUGCAGAAGUGUCAGCCGCUCUUGGUUUAUCAGCGCUAAAGAGCAGAACUUGGCAAAUAUUUAAAACAUCGGCACUGAAAGGAGAAGGACUGGAUGAAGCAAUGGAAUGGUUGGUGAAUGCACUCAAAACGAAGUAGUUGUUAGUUUUGUGAAAUAGUAAGCUGAUGUUAUCAAUACACUUGUCAGAUUUGACUGUAAGAACUGCAGUGAUGAGACAUCUCUCUAGAUCUUUCUGUUUAAUAAAAUCAGCCAUUGUAUAUUUCUUUCUUCUAAGUUUGCAGUACUGCAACGCAUGGGUACAAAUUGCUUGUUAUCAGUUUCUGUUUGUAAGAGUAAGACAAACCAUUUCACAA